AUGCGGCUUACUCCAGAAACGAGCAUCCUCAGGUCCCCUCGUCCUUGUGUGGCUGUCUCCCCGGGGCCGGAUGUGCUCAUGAUCUCACGGAGACUGCGCCCACACCGCCUUCUUUACGCGCGACGCACGGCCAGCUCCAAAGUGCCCAUGUCCCGUAAUUAUCCUCCCGCGGUACAGAUGCUUUUUCCUCCACAGCGCUCUCUCCUCUCUCUCUCUCGUACCGUCCUGCUGCCGCUGCUGCUGCCCAGUAGUCAGCAUCCGGGUACCACUCCACCCUCCCGACCAUCCCUCCUCCCUUCCCCAGAAAAAGCAUCCACCCUUUUUUACCCGAGCGCACAAAAAGCAGGCGGGAUGUGA